AUGCCUUUUGGUCUUAAGAAUGCCCCGCAGAUUUAUCAGCGCCUCGUAGACAACGCGUCAUCUCGCGGUAAGGCGACGCUAGCUACAACGGACGUGUUCCAGACCAGGAUCGCGGACGAUCCUGAUCGGGCGGUGUUGGGUCGGAGAUCAUACAUCGACGACAUCAUGAUCGGGGCGGAAUCAUGGGAUCAAAUGUGCCGAAGAGUGGAAGAUCUGUUGGAAGGUUGUGAUAAGUGGAAUUUGUCGAUCAGUGUAGCCAAGGGCUUUGGGGGCAUGGAUAAGGUGGGAUAUCUAGGACACCGAGUGUCGAUCGGAGGUUUGGAGGCGAGCCCAAAAGACCUGAAAUCGUUAACCGACCUGCCGUUCCCCGGAUCACUGCGAUCUAUGCAAUCAUUCCUGGGCAGUCUAAAUUACUACAGCCGAUUCAUCGAGGAUUACGCUAUCUAUGCCUCGGUACUCUACGAAUUACGUGAAGUGGAGUUUGCAGAACUAGAGAAACGAUUGGAUCUGAGGCAGAUCUUAGUCCGGAAUGACCCGAUCUCUCGAAAUCACGACCCACCGGAAUUGAAGUUGACGGGACCAGUGGAUGAGAGGUGGAUCAGGGCACAUAGGGCCUUCAUCGCCCUGAAAACCAAGAUUGCGACGACCACGGUCCUCUGCCACUUCGACGAGACGAGACCGCCGGUGGUUAUCGUAUAUGCCAGUGAUUGGGCGAUAUCCGCUUCGUUGACGCAAGAACACGACGGGAUCUACCAUCCGGUGGCGUUCGCCAGUCGCACCUUGAGGACGAACGAGCUGAAUUACAAUAUGACUGAGAAAGAGGUGUUGGCGUUGCUGAGGAUAUUGGAUCUCUAUUACAAUUUGCUAUCGACGGGAUUACAGGGUCGCCUGGGACAAUGGUCUGCCCUCCUGGCCCCAUGGACACUCGAGAUCACGAAGUGCACGAAGGGUGAGGAUGAGAUACUGGGGGCGAUCGCUGCUAGCAUCACACCGAGGGCGAAGAACGACGACGCUCUUGCCGAAAUCGCUCCCCGCAAAGAGCCUAAACGCUGGAUCCAAGCGCCGAUACCCACCGUAGAUCGAGACGAGGAACUAUGA